UCUUCAAAUGAGCUUAUGACUGAUAUCAGGCAUGUGACUAUAGGAUAUCGUCAUUUACUUUAAAAUCAAGCUACAAAAAAUCGGAGUUGAAGAGUCCUUUGUUGGUCCAUUUCUUAGUGAUCAACGAUAGAAAGGCAGGUCCUGCUUUUGAAAACCAUGCAAUUCUUGGACCAUUAUUACCGGAACGUAAGAAGAAUGUUUUGAGCUUUGAAAGAAGAAACAGAGAGAGAGAGAGAGAGAGAGAGAGAGAGAGAGAGGCAUCCAAGAUUUAAAAGCGUAAAAAUGGUGAGGGUUCCUUGUUGUGAAAAGAUGGGGUUGAAAAAGGGACCAUGGACGCCUGAAGAAGAUCAAAUCUUGGUAUCUUAUAUCCAACGUUUUGGCCAUGGCAAUUGGCGAGCACUCCCCAAGCAAGCAGGUUUGCUAAGGUGUGGAAAGAGCUGUAGGCUUAGGUGGAUAAAUUACUUGAGACCAGAUAUUAAACGAGGAAACUUCAGCAAUGAAGAAGAAGAAACGAUCAUUAAGCUGCAUCAGAACAUUGGGAACAGAUGGUCUGCAAUUGCGACAAAAUUGCCAGGAAGAACAGACAAUGAGAUAAAGAAUUAUUGGCACUCUCACCUAAAGAAGAGACUUGAAGGGAAACAAGCUACCCCAAGCACAAGCAGUUCAGCUGGUCAAACCACCAAAACAUCAUCAAAAAUAAGGGCAGCUAUCAACAAUGCAAGAUCACCACAGCAGCCUGAGAAUUUUCCUACCCAUCAAAUUAAAAGAAGUCAUCUUGACCAUGCAACAGUUUUCCCACAAGAGCCAUCCCAGGAACCUUUGAGUUCUAUGGCAACAACUGUGGAAGCCAUCAACAGUUUCAAUACUGUAAAUGAUACGGAGUACUUUUGGAUUGGACUCUUAAUGACAGCAGGAAAUUCUAAAGAAGUGCAUGGAGAUUUAGCUUGAAAAGGCGUAUGAUAAACUGAUGAUGUCGCAAUUGGCAAACCGGAAGAAUGGCAUGAUAUAUGAUUCAUUUAAGGUUUCAAAGGACAUAAAAUAUGCUGAUAAGCAGCCAAUUGUAACAUGGGGGCCAGAAACAGUGUAGUUCUGCCACUACAAGCAAGGGCUUAUCUACUUAACAUGUAUAGUUGCAUUUCAUUUAAAUGGAUAAAUCCUACUUGAUUUUCUUAUAAUCUGGAGA